AUUGUAUUAUUGGUUUAGUUUGAAUUGUUGUUCUGCAUUCAUGACGAUAAAGACGCGGCCAUAAUGUUUGUCAAGCGACUGAUCGAAAAAUAUCCCGAAGUGGACGCCCGGCUAUUCAUCGGCGGCACUGUUGUUGGCGUCAAUCCCAAGAUUAAUAAUAUGGAACCGGGAUAUCGGGCCGCCAAGUAUGACCUCAUCCUCAUCUCUGACAGUGGCAUCAGAAUGAAAGAGGACACACUCUUAGAUAUGGUCUCAUCGAUGGACGAAGACGUGGCUUUAGUCCAUCAAAUGCCGUUCGUAUGCGACCGGAAGGGCUUCCCUUCAGUACUUGAAAAAGUCUACUUCGGCACCGCUCACGCGAGGAUAUACUUAUCGGCCGACUUCUUAGGCAUAAAUUGUCCGACGGGUAUGUCUGCACUCAUGCGGAAGAAGCCUCUCGACGACGUCGGAGGGAUCGCCGCUUUUGGCCAAUACUUAGCCGAAGAUUUCUUUUUUGCCAAAUCAUUCACUGAUCGAGGUUGGAAACUUCGGAUCAGCUCUCAGCCCGCGUGGCAGAACUCCUGUACACCAGAUAUAGACUCAUUUCAACAUAGAAUAACGAGAUGGGCUAAACUGCGAAUAGCAAUGAUUCCGCAUAUGAUUUUGUUGGAGCCGUUGUCCGAGUGUCUAAUGCUGGGAGUGUUGGCCGCGUGGGCCGUCAGUUUCCUCGUCCAAUGCGAUCCGUUCGCCGUCUACUUAUUCCAUCUGCUCCUAUGGUUUCUUCUCGAUUACGUACUCUUAUGUAUAAUUCAGAACGGGUCGAUACCAUUCAGCAAAACCGACUUUGUGGUGGCGUGGAUGAUGAGGGAGUGUUGCGCUCUCUUACUAUUCAUUAGAGCCCUGUGGGAGCCGGACAUCAAGUGGAGGACCGGAACAUUUAAGCUGAAGUGGGGCGGAGUCGCCGAAGAAGUGAAAACAAAAUUAUAGCAUUCGGUUUGAAAGCCAAAUCUCUCCUCUCAAUCAAUGAAUGAUUUUGUUUUUGUUUUUCUUAAACCAAUGGUCAAUAUUUGACCGAAAAAAGACUUAAUCAACAUUUUUUAAAUCUUUACAACAAAAGUGCCUCAAAAUUGUCAUCAAAACUAUUGUGGUGUAAAUAUUGAGCACUCCGUAUAUGAAAAUCAUAUGGCAGUCUAAACGAUGACAUUAAUUAUUUAAUUUUUUAUACAAAUCCUCAUCCUUUCGACUCUACAUCUUCUCAAUCAUUGGAAACGCAUUUGUUUUUUAAAUUAAUAUUUUGUGACUUAAAUAUUAACACUCAAUGGCAUUGUUUAUGUCAGAUGUGUUGGCAUGUGAUCGAAAUGAAUGCAUUAAAAUAGUGUAGUGUUUGAGCGCCUAAUGAUCUGAAUUAAUGGACCGAAUAAUGGUUGGAAGAAGACAUGGAAGAAGACAACUGCCAUUGAAUGUGUUGACCAGUACUCCACAAAACCACAACACCUCAGGACUACUCAACACUUAAGGCGUUAUCUGUUUUUAUUAUUUUAGUGAAGAAUAUUCUGUUAUACUUUAGUUAUUGUUUUAAUUUAUUUUGAAUUCUUGU